AAGUAAACACCGCCCCUGUGUUUGAAUGGGAUGUUUCCACAUGUUUCUAACAUAAAGGAUACAACUCAAUUUAAGUACGGUAUAAAAUAUAUCGAUGAGUUGUUUCAUUGGCAGAUGUUUUUUGUUUUGAAUGGCUGCGGGGUUAUAACACACGCACACACACACGUGUGUUUGCUCUCAUGGAUCCCGUGGGACAGCACUAACCUCCUCACUGUCAGGAAACGAGAAGACCAAAGAGGAAUGUGCGUGUUCGUGGAAAACUUCGUGGAUGCUUAGAACUUUCAGCAGACAUCAUGAGUGGUCAGAGUCCAUCACCUGCUGGCGUAAAGCACAUUACCCCGGUCCAGCGGAUGGUGGCGUCCUGCUCUGGAGCCAUCCUCACGUCUGUGCUCGUCACACCGUUGGACGUUGUGAAGAUCCGACUUCAAGCACAGAAGAAUCCCUUCCCCAAAGGAAAAUGCUUUGUCUAUUGUAAUGGACUGAUGGACCACAUCUGUGUGUGUGUGAACGGGAACUCCAAGGCCUGGUACAAAGCUCCCGGUCACUUCAGUGGCACACUGGAUGCCUUUGUUAAGAUUGUACGCCAUGAGGGAAUCAAGUCAUUGUGGAGUGGCCUGCCUCCCACCCUUGUGAUGGCCGUCCCAGCCACAGUCAUCUACUUCACAUGUUACGACCAGCUGUUGGCAGCUCUCAGGCUCAGGAUGGGCGGCUACGCUGAGGAGGCUCCUCUCCUGGCAGGAUCCAUCGCAAGAGUGGGUUCAGCGACAGUGAUCAGCCCCCUGGAGCUGAUGCGCACUAAGCUGCAGUCUGAGAAGCAGUCGUACGGGGAGCUGACUCGCUGCAUCCGCUCGGCGGUGGAGACGGAGGGCUGGCUGUCUCUGUGGAGGGGUCUGGGACCCACGCUGCUCCGGGAUGUGCCCUUCUCGGCCAUGUACUGGUACAACUACGAGAAGGGCAAGCGCUUUCUGUGUGAGCGGUACAACUCCAGAGAACCUACAUUCACCAUCACCUUCAUAUCUGGAGCAGUGUCUGGCGCUAUUGCGUCCAUUGUAACGUUACCUUUUGAUGUUGUCAAAACAAGAAGGCAGCUGGAGCUGGGGGAGCUACAAGCAAAGAAUUUGUCCAGUGGGGUCUCAAACUCCACCUUCACUGUGAUGAGCAGAAUCGUGGCACAGCAUGGCUUCAGUGGACUGUUCGCAGGUUUCCUCCCCAGGUUGAUCAAAGUGGCCCCAGCCUGUGCCAUCAUGAUCAGCACCUAUGAGGUGGGAAAAGUAUUUUUCCACAAACGCAACCAGGAGCGGACACUCGGGCUACAGACCAACGCCUGAAACUUCUCCUGGCACAUCCAAUAACUACUGCUCCUCUCUAGCUGGAAGGAGGAUGCUAAUGUUGCCAAAUUUAAAAGAAGCAGACAUUUGAGUUCUGCAUCACAAACCAAAAAUAUUCAAAUAUUUGUAUUAUAGUAUUUAUAAUUUAAUAUUCCAUGAUUUUAUAUGCACUGAUUAAGCUCCUGUGCAUAACUGAAAAUAAAUAUUUUAAAAAUCAGAUGUGGUGAGAUGCUGUGAACAGCCAGCAGAUGGCAGUUUUGUUAAUAUUGUGUAAUUUCCCAGGUUUGACAUCACUGGCUGUGUCACUGGUUUCAUGAGCAUUUGGAAGACCUAACAUUUUAUUCCACUGUGUGUCAGUGUUCCCCAUCACCAAGAGACCAUCUCUGUGGCUUUGCACUUAAACUUCAAACCCUGUGAAUGUGUUUGUAGAGGCCCACACUCUGUCACUUCCAGUAGAAAUAAUAACUUUACUGUUUGAAAGUGUUAUGGUUCAGUCUCUUUAGCACAGUCCCUGUGUAAGUUAGAAACAAGUUUUUUAAUUUAAAGACCCUUUGUCACACAUUGUGAUGAAAAUAGCAUUGUGUCUUUUAAAUUCUUAUGUUGGGGAAAUUAUUGAGGUUGUCUUGCAAUAAAUGCUGCAGAUUGUGUUUUGUUUAAAUCCAAACAAGAGGAAGUUGAAUUAAACCCUUGUUUUUCUUGUACUGCACUGACACACAGGCUUUGUGUUAUAUGUUUUUAAAUCGUGGAUUUAAAUGUUUGUUUUUUUCCAGAUUGUUCCUCUUCGUACACUUUCUCUGAUAUACCUGCAGUUUUUAAAUGGCCAAUAUAUAACACUGGCCGCACACUGUCUCUAUACGGGCUGAUAUCUAAAGUUAAAUUAAUUUCAGCAAAUGCCUUUGAAUUUGAUGAAAUUACCUUUAAAUUAUACAAAAAAAAACUGAUGAAGACAAUAGGCUGAAACAUUUCAGUCUAAGUUGAUAUCCUGUAAUAUCCAAUAUCCUGCGAGUGUUGCUGGAGCUUUGAUCGCUUCACACUUUUCUUUCCUGGUCCAUGCAUCAGGAAGUGGGCGACUUUGUUCCAGAAACCUCAACUCUGCUUCCAAAAUAUGUCUUUGUGUCAGAGAGUAAAGAAAGUCUCAAAUGUUCAAACUA